UUGUAGUUGUAGUUACGAGGAAACUCAUCAGAAUCUCACAUAAAACUUACAACUAUUUUUGUCACAUGAAACCAAUAGGAAUUGAUCAACAGUAUACAGUCUCAACAUAUAAAAAAAAAGGAAAAAAAAAGUUCACAUGCAAGCCUAAACCCAUUAUAUAAGCCCUUUGGGCAGCUUCCUUCAAAACCACACAGACUAGAUUCAAACUAAAAAUGGCGAUAGGUUCUCAUGUUUUGACCGGUAUAGUAAUGAUCCUUUUCAUAUCAGGAGAACUAAUAGUUCCAGGGAAAGGGACGUGCCAAGGAGACAUUGAAGGUCUUAUGAGACAAUGUGCGGUCUUUGUUCAGCGUCCAGGUCCAAAAGUAAACCCGUCAGCAGCCUGUUGUAAAGCAGUUAAGAAAUCAGACAUACUUUGCGCAUGUGGUCGUAUCACAUCCUCAUUGUUAAGAGAUCAGACAAUAAUAAACAUGGAUAAGGUUGUUCAUGUCACUGGCUUUUGUGGGAAACCUCUCGCUCAUGAUACCAAGUGUGGAAGUAAGUCUAUUGCUAGUUAAGAAGCUUCAUACUCUUUUUUAAUAUAAACACAAACAUAAAUACAAACAUUGCAAGAUUUUAAUGUGCUGCUGUUCCUAUGUGGCAGGCUACGUUGUGCCAUGAGACUUGGGACCAGAACUUAGCUAAAGGUUUGUGGAAUAAAUUAUUUGUGCUUGGGACCUUUACUAGUCCCCACUUAUCUACUUUUG